CAAGUCGCCAAAUCAGUGUCCGCAUAGACGUCGUUGCGGUUAGUUAGGUUAGUUUGGUUAGUCUACGGUUUACGUACAUACUCUACGUCUUUAUUUUGUGUUUCGUUAUCAUGUGAGUGAGCGUAUGAUGAAUUUGUGAGCAGAAGCAAGGUGAAAAAUCCGAUCACAUGCGUGACAGUGACAAAGGAAUUAAGGCUAAACAUAUCCGUCACGAUUCGUGAUUGUACAACGUAGGCUUCUCUGUUAUUUGGAAAGUUAAAAAGUGAUAUAGCAGGCAAACAAAUCGUGUGUAAGCAGAUAACGCGGGGAGAUUUACGGACAUUUGAAAACUGCAAGAAGAAGAUAACAGAGAACAACACUUGAAGAUAAAUUUUGGAUUAAGAAUUGAAAUAGUGAAGAAAUAUUCUUACAUUUGAGAGAGAAAGAGUAGUACUUAUUUAACGCCACACGGAAGCGUUGAUAAACUCAAUAAAUUAAUCCAUCGCGUUUUCAAUUGUGGAAGUGACAAAUUGUGGCAAUUUAAUGCCCCAUAUAAGAUCCGAUGGAUUCAACGAAAACCAGAUCGAAGCCGAAUCCGAGGGAGAAGGCGAACAUCGUGUCGGUGUUGCUUUGGUGGUGGACAAUUACUUUAUUCAAGACGGGAUAUAGGAAAGCUUUAGAAAUAGAAGAUCUAUUUGAUCCUCUGACAGUCGAUCGGUCGAAACUCCUCGGAGAUCGAUUAGAAAAACGAUGGAAUAUCGAGCUGGAAAACUCGAAAAGGAAGAAACGUAGUCCAAGUCUGUUGAAGACUAUUUUCCACACAUUCAAAUGGGAGUACACUAUGCUCGGAAUAAUACAGUUUUUCAACGAGUUUGUGAUAAGAUUGAGUAUGCCGUUGUUGCUGGGUGGUCUCCUCCGCUACUUUCGAAAGGAUUCUGUAGAGACAUAUGAGAAUGCUCUGUGGUUUGGAGCUGGUAUUUGCAUCGCUACUGGCAUCUACGUGAUAAGUGGCAAUCAGACGAUUUUUGGUGCUUUCCACAUGGGUGCCAAAGUUCGCGUGGCCGUCUGCUCCGUGGUAUACAGAAAGGCGCUCCGUCUGAGCAAAACCGCACUGGGCGAGACAGCACCCGGCAAAGUAGUUAAUCUAGUAGCCAGCGAUGUCAAUAGAUUUGAUCUCGUCUCCUAUCUUAUUCAUUUCAUGUGGUCGGCACCUAUCUCAGCUUUGAUUGUGGCUUAUAUUCUCUAUCGGGAGGUCAGCUACGCCGGUCUCAUCGGCGUCGCUGCUAUCUUUGUAGUCGUACCGAUUCAAUCUUAUACCGGCAAGCUGUCGUCGAAGUUCCGUCUUCAGACUGCUCUCAAGACGGACGAGCGGGUUCGGCUGAUGGAUGAAAUAAUUUCUGGAGUGCAGGUGAUCAAGAUGUACGCAUGGGAGAAGCCGUUCUGCGCCAUGGUUGAGCUGGCGCGGAAGCUCGAAAUUCGAGUGAUUACUAAAAGUUCGUACAUCCGCGGUAUCUACAUGACCUUCAAUCUUUUCACAACUCGGAUGGCGCUCUACUGCACUCUUAUCUCCAUAUUAAUAUUCAACGACGAGCUGACCGCCGACAAGAUCUUCAUCGUCUUAGCCUACUUCAACAUUCUUGCGAACACCAUGACUGGCAUGUUUGUGCGCGGUUUUGCCGAAUUGGCUGAAUGCAUGGUGGCUAUACGUAGGCUGCAAGGCUUUCUCAUGCUAGAGGAAUUCCGGGGUAGUAACGUAGUUAUCUCCAAGGCGUGCUCCGACUGCUCCAAUUCGGAUUUCAAGCGAGUCUUGAAACCGGAUUUGCCUUACAUCGAUGAUGAUGUCGGGGAAAAUCGGCUAGAGUCACGUGAAGAAAAUCCAGAAAAGAAACAAUCAUCCAUACAUGAUAUGAACUGGGAUAUCAACAUGAUUAACGUUACUGCUAAAUGGGAGGAGAGACAAUCGGAGAACACUCUGGAAAAUUUAAAUCUGAAAUUAGAAAAGGGUAAGCUGUACGCGGUGAUUGGUAUGGUGGGCAGCGGCAAGAGCUCGUUCUUGUCCGCGAUUCUGGGAGAAAUCACCCUGACGGAAGGUCAAGUAAAAGUCAACGGUAGCGUCAGUUACGCUAGCCAGGAAGCCUGGGUCUUUGGUGCCACUGUCCGACAAAAUAUACUUUUUGGACAGUCUUACGACCGCCAACGGUACCACAAGGUGAUCAAAGCUUGCGCCUUGAUACGCGACUUUCAGCAGUUCCCGCAAGGUGAUCAGACUGUUGUGGGUGAACGUGGCAGCUCACUAUCUGGUGGUCAGAAGGCCAGGGUCAAUUUGGCCAGAGCUCUGUACAGGCAGUCAGACAUCUUUUUGUUGGAUGAUCCUUUGAGCGCAGUUGAUGCACAUGUCAGCAAGCACCUGUUUCAAGAGUGCAUUCAGAGAUACCUGGCUGGUAAAACGAGAAUCUUGGCAACGCAUCAAUUACAGUAUAUAAAGGGAGUGGAUGCCAUUAUACUGCUCGAGCAGGGAAAAAUAAAAUAUUUCUCACAUUAUCAAGACUUAUUGGAAUAUCGACCUGAGUACUCCAUACUUCUGGCAACUGAGAAUGAAGCAAUCGAUGAUUCGUCCGUAGAAAAGAGUGUAAACAUACAACGACAGUUUUCUUCUUUGAGUAUUAGAAGUCGAACUCCAGAAGUCAACAGCGGCACUGACGACGAAGAGGAAGACGAAGAUGCCAAAAAAUUGAAUGACGGUCUGGAGACAACAUCGCGUGGCAUCGUUAAAGGUUCUAUAUUUAUCAAAUUCUUCAAAACCGGUGGCAACUUAUGUAUGGCUUUUAUCGUUCUGCUUUUGCUCCUUGUUACGCAAGCCAUCGUCAGUUUCAGCGACUACUUUGUGCCUUUCUUAGUUAAUUUUAUUGAAGCACAAAACUUUCAAGCCAAAGAUCUUAACAUGAACCAAACGGACGACAUUUAUAUGAACAUGACAAACAUACAUGAUCAUAUUGCCAUUGAAGAUCCAACGGUGAUUAAUUACCUCUACAUCUACACUGGUAUCGUGUUUGCCAUUUUCAUCAUCGGCAUCACCAGAUCGCUGGUCUUUUACAAGACAUGCAUGAUGUGCAGCCAGCGUCUGCACGAUAUGAUGUUCAGUGCGUUAAUUCGUACGGAAAUGCGAUUCUUUGAUACUAAUCCGAGCGGCAGGAUCCUCAAUCGAUUUUCGAAAGACAUGGGUGCUGUAGACGAAUUAUUGCCUAAAGCGAUCCUGGACUCUGGCCAGAUGACCAUGCUGAUGUUUGGGUCGCUGGUAGUGACCUGCGUGGUUAAUCCCAUCUUUCUGAUACCCACCGUCAUUAUCGGUGGGAUAUUCUAUUGGAUCCGCAAGGUGUAUCUCAAGACUAGCAAGAAUAUCAAACGACUGGAAGGAAUAGCACGCUCGCCAGUAUUCACUCAUUUAAACGCUACAUUGAACGGUUUGAUGACCAUUAGAGCGUACUGUGCUCAAGACAUACUCAAACAGGAAUUCGGUAAACUGCAAGAUGUACACACAUCUACCACUUUCAUGUAUACCGUGACCAGCACUGCAUUUGGAUUCUCUUUGGAUAUGUUCUGUUUCAUCUUGACUUCUCUUGUCACCUUCAGCUUCUUGAUGCUCAAUCAAUCAUUUUCUGGCGGCGAAGUGGGUUUAGCCAUCACUCAGAUAAUGGCAAUGACCGGAAUGAUUCAGUGGGGGAUGCGGCAGAGCGCAGAGGUUGUUAAUCAGCUGAUGGCAGUGGAACGUGUAUUCGAAUACAUUCAGCUUCCAACAGAACCGAACAUAAGAGACCGAGGAGUGUAUGUGAAGAAAAAGAAUAAAAACUUGGCUCUGCCGUCUAAUGCUCCAAAAAAUUGGCCUGAAGAAGGUUGUAUCAAGUUCAAGAACGUCUACAUGCGCUACGCAGACGAGGAUCCGCCUGUCCUCCAUGGUCUGAAUUUAGUGAUCAACCCCGGGGAAAAAGUUGGUGUCGUGGGAAGAACAGGCGCCGGGAAGUCGUCGCUGAUAGCAGCACUGUUCCGAUUGGCAAAAGUGGAGGGAAUCAUCGAGAUUGAUGGCGCGGAUACGGGUACUAUCGCCUUGGAGGAUUUACGACGUAAAAUAUCCAUCAUCCCUCAGGAUCCCGUUUUGUUCUCAGGUACACUGAGACGUAAUCUAGAUCCUUUCAACGAAUUUUCCGACAAGGAUUUGUGGGAGGCACUUGAAGAGGUUGAGCUGAAGGACGCGGUUGCUAUCAGUGGAGAUGGUUUGGAAAGCCGCGUAUUUAACAGAGGCAGCAACUUUAGCGUUGGACAAAGACAGUUGGUAUGUUUAGCGAGAGCUAUUCUGAGAAACAAUCGUAUAUUGAUGCUAGACGAAGCAACUGCGAACGUAGAUCCGCAUACCGAUGCGUUGAUUCAACGGACCAUCAGAAAGAAAUUUGCAACCUGCACGAUGCUUACUGUGGCGCAUCGAUUGAACACUAUAAUGGACAGCGAUAAAGUUCUGGUUAUGGACAAGGGCUACUUGAUUGAAUACGACCAUCCUCACAUAUUACUGAAAAACAGCUAUAGUCAGUUUACUUCGUUAGUAAAGGAGACUGGCCCAGGCAUGUAUGAUCAAUUGGCCAAAGUAGCGAAGCAGUCUUACGUACAGAAGUAUAGAGAAACGUGACAAAACUUUGGCGAAUUUUUACGUACCAAUCUAUUAUUAUUUAAAUUUCUUAUAAGUAAAAGCGAAUCGUUUAAUGUGCCCAGUAUACUUAUAAUGUAGAAAGAUGUAUGCAGUAUGUAGAGUGUACAAAAUGGCAAGUACAUAAAUGUUACUGUAUGUUUGUAUACGAAGGGAGCAAAUUUGUGUAAAUCUUUCUUCAAGACGUUACAGACACGACACUUCCAUUAACUCAGAUCAGAUAAUCAGAUAAUAUUUUUGAAAUGUUUUAUAAAUAUCUAAAAUAUGUCAGAAAACAUUAUUUAUUGAUAUAGAAGUAUUGUAACGCCGUGAUGCUGAGCGUAACAUACGUCUAAACAAUCAUAUUUUUAUAUUGCUUUUAAUGAGAUCGUCACUGUGAGAUUAUUUUUUGAUAUCUCCGUAAUAUGUAGUACAAGUUUCUAUCACGAUUUAAUUGGUAGAAAUGAAUGUACAGCUGUGGCUUACAAGCCUUUCGACCUUAUGUUUAUACUAUUAUAAAAUAGGUUUCAUGAUGUAUAGUAACUUGAAGGUGAAAAUAUGGGCAUACAUGCGCAUUUAAGAAAUAUUGCAUGUAAACAAUUACCCAAAGUACAAUAAAAUAAAAAAAGGAUUAAAUUGUAA